UCCAAGGAAAGACUUGAGAUAGAGUUCAAGCCGAAGACGGACGACUUGGAGGCAAAUCAGAAGGAGUUGGUGGAGUCCUGGGAUGUGGUUAAGUUGACAAAUGAUUACUUGAAGUAUUUGGGUGUGAUUUGCGACACCUACCGCAAGGAGCUCAAUGCCAAGAAGGACAAGGUGGUCUCCAUGGAUGCCACUAUAGCCGAGCUUAAAGAUGAGAGUGCCACCACCUGGGCCAAAAGUUACUUUUCUUUCUAG